CGUGCAAACGCGAUUUUAAUUGCUGCAUAAAUUUGCGAAGCAAGAAACGAAAGAAAAUCAAUUUGAAUAGUGCAAGCAAAUUUGGGAAAAAAAUAUCCAUUAAUAAAAAUGCAGUUAGCCCUGCCUGCUGCUGCCUGCUUCCAGCUCCAGCUCUUGCUGCUCAGCUGCCUUUGGCAUGGCUAUCGGCUGGAAUUUGUGCAGUUUCCCGAACAACAUUUGGAGCACAAUGAGCUGCUGCUGUCACUGCCCGAGGAUGAGUUGGAUUUGUCGCAGGUGAACUGGCGAGCGAUGAUACCGCUGCUGCUGCAACGUCAGCAGGUGCGUCUGUGUGUCGCCGUCUAUCGUUACGAACCGCAGCUGGUGGCGGGCACGUCCUGUGAGGCGCUGCUGGGCAACGGUCUGAUGGCGUACUGCGACAUUGGGCAUGUCGAGGAUCUGAGCAUGACAAUGCGCGCUGCAUUUGGCGGCAUGCUUUUCGAUACGCUGCAGCAAUGCCGUCCGGGCAUGGAAAUCUUUGGAGUACGUUGCCGGCGACGUGCCUGAACGAGAUUAAGACUAAGGCCAAAAACGAAGCGCUUAAGUGAAUUGCUAAUUCAGUUUUCUUGCCACUGCUCAUCAUCAGUCGUGACUGCCGCCGUCCAUCUAAAUUUCUAUCUUCAUCUCUGUCUUCGUGUCCCUUGUCAUUUCAAUGUGUCAAUAAAAAUGCGAUGUGGGUGAAGGCCUGUCCCGGGCACACACACAGCCAGGCCGUGCGCUGAGUCGAGCUACGGCCACACCCUGA